AUGAAAGUAGAUUUCGAAUAUUGUCAAUCAAUUGAUUCAUUUAAUCAAUUGGAAUUCACAUCAAAGAAAAUCGAACGUCUUCGUGGUGGUGGUGGAGGUUAUGCAACUCGUUUUGCUCUUAUUAGUGGAACUCUUGGUUUCAUUUGUUUAAUUCCAGCGAUCAUUUUGACUCUCACUGGUGCUGCAAAGCUCAAUGAUAGUGAUAAUGGUCGACUUGUUGCUGGAAUUAUUCUCUUUGCUUUAUCAAUAACUCUCAUUGUUUUAGCUUUUCUUACGUGUUGUUUAAAAUAA